UAGGAGUUGAGUUGGGCUGUGAGGAAGGAGGGAAGGACAGGUGGAAAGGUGGCUUGAUGUGAAGAAAAAUAGGUAGGUAUCUUGAGGAAAGACCUGUCUGUCUGUUACUUCGCUUGAGCUGGGUAGGGGAGGUAGUCACCUGCCCACGCCUCACCGUGUCUGGUCUGGUCUGGUCUCGUCUCAGCCUUACGUAUCUGCUGUUCUCUCUUUGAUCAGUUCGUCUACUAUUUAAUACAAAUAGUCCUCGAUUGUUUCAUUGUUUCAUCUUUCCUAGUCUCUUUCUUCACCUAGAGAAUCCUAAGUCCUCAUCUCUUACCUAUACUUAAAUACCUGCACACCUCCUACAUACUUAUAUGCCUACUUGGUAUCCUGAAUUUGGUAUCCUAAGCACGAAAAUACCCCUUCAACAAUCGAUUCAACGAUAAUCCACCACCAUGCCUUCCAAGACCACCGCCACCGACGUCAAAACCGACGCCGCCCCUGAACCCCUAUCCAUCGGCCCAGCCAUCAACCUCGCCAUCCGCCCUUUACACACCAAACUCAACAAGCUCGUCACCAACCGUCUGCGUCUCGCGCUUCCCCCCAAAGCCAACAGCUGCCAUAACUACUUCCAGGGACUCCUGCACAUCGCCCCCAUAUACCUUACCUUUGAGUCGCUGUGGAGCGAUCUGCUUGAUGCGGGCCCUACUACCUCUACCCCCUCUAACACCCCAGACUCUACCUCUACCUCUACCUCAAACGGUAGCUCUGGCCUUACUCCUAAGGGGAAACCCGACUCCAACCCCAACCUGCCCCCCCGCAUCCACGCCCUCCUAACCUCCAUCCACAUCCCCUCUCUCCAGCGCUCCGCCCCCCUGCGCCGCGACCUAGCCGCCCUGACCGGCUGGCCCGCCGACCGCGUGUCGCGGCAGCUGGACGAGAUCACCAGCACCGCCGCCGCCACCGCCGCCAACACAACCGGCAGCAGUGGUGGUAGCAGCAGCAGCAGCAGCAAAGGCGCCCGCUCUGGUGGAGGAGACCAGCCAGUCCUCACGGAGUUCCUGACGCACAUCGCGAACGCGGUCGCCGCGCGGCCGCACGUGCUGGUCGCGUACGCGUGGGUGCUGUACAUGGCGCUUUUCGCGGGGGGCAAGUUCAUCAGAGGGAGUCUGGAGAGGGCUGAUGCCAAGGUGGGAGAAGAGCGGGGGGGCGGGGGGUUUUGGACGCCGUUGUGGGGGGAGGAUGAGGAUGAGGAUGACGAAGAGAGCGAGGGGGUAAAAACGGAGGAGGGAAAGGGAGAGAUGGAGGACGGUGGGAAGCAGAGCGAAGAACCGCUCUCCUUCUUCCGCUUCGACACCCCGCGGGACGGCGAGGACGCCAAGGAGCUGUUUAAGGCGAGGCUUGCGCGGGCGACUGCGGGAGACCCUAAUCCCAAUAACCCCAAUAACCCCAACAACCCCAACACUGCCAAUGUCCUAACCCCCGCCGAACACGCAGAAAUCCUCGCCGAGUCCCGGACGAUCUUCGACUUCCUCGUCCGCGUCGUCGGCGAGCUCGACGAGAUCUGCGGCACGGAGUAGGAGCUUCUGGGUGCGGCGGAUGUAGAUGCGGCGAGACGGCACCUGCUGCGCAGUCGUGACAGCGUGGUGGUUGAGCGGGAGAAGAGGAAGAGGAUUGCUAGGACGGUGGGGAGGAGGGUUGCGAGGGG